CUGAAGCACAUCUGCCCUGGGGUUUUCAUUUACAUCAAUCAAUCAAUUCUUGUUUUAUUUAAGCAAGUGUGAAUUGGGUUCUUUGUCAUUUACAGCAGAUGCCCUGAGUAACCCAUGUUGGGAAGAGGGAGGCGGUACACCAGCCCAAGGGGUAGAUCCCACUGGAAUUAGUGAGAGAGGACAAUCAGGAGGACCCCGAAGAGGGAAGAAGUGUUGGGUGAGCUGGGGUGGACUGUGAGCCAGAUGGAAAUGUCUGGGAGGGAUGCUAAAGGGGACGAUGAAAAGAUUUUGUGUUGGGAGAUACAUGGUUCAUUGACUGGGAGGGGUUGUGUCAGUAGUCAGGGCAGGAAGGAGCUAAGGUCAGUGUGGACUCAUGGGAAUGAGGUAAGAAGGGCAGGUUGUCAGGGUUUGGAAGCAAACACUGACUGGACAUUGAGCCUUCAGGUGAGGAAGGCAUCCUAGGUGGCUGCAGGAAUGGUGAGACCACAGGGUAGAUGGGGUUGGGACCUGAGAAGAGGUAGAAUUUGGUUCAAGACGUGCUAAUUUGAGAUGGAAAGUUCUACGCAGAAAACCAAAGAGUAGGUAGAAAUAUGGGUAAAAUAUCUGGAUGUAGUGUAUGGAUUUGGGAGCCAUCGAUACAGGAGUGAAAUUAGAGGCUAAGUGAUUAGGUCCUCCAGAAAGUGUGCCUCAAAGGCAAAUAAUAAAUACUGAUGAGUGUCUAUUUUGCACAAGGCCAGUUGUGCAAGGGCACAUAGGAGUCACUGUGCUCCUCGAACUGAUACCAAAGACCUCUGACAACAGCAGUAGGUCAGAUCAUCUCCCUCAGAGAAAUCAUGUAGGAAUCACCGCCACCAAGUGGAACCUAACAUCUGAAAAAAAUGACUCACAAAUUCGGUCUUAAAUUAACUUCAACUCUCAGAUGCCUAACAGAGUUACAGGAAUCUGUCAAGUGCUCCGUGGCUCUUCAGUAACUCACUCCGAGGAAACCGCGGGGCCUGGAGGGGGCGGGGAGAGAGGAUUCGCAGACUGCGAACUCCCCAGGGCCAUUCCGCAGACCAUCCCAAAACGCAGCGACAGCAAGGUUUCCAGUUGACAUACCCAGCCGGAUGUGGUCGGCGCCGGAAGAGAAGCGUGGAGUAGGGUGAAGGAGGAUGAGGGGCACGGUGGCGAGAAUCCUGACACUUUGGGUCCACACGGCAGCAGAACUGAGCCUGCAAAUUAGCUGAAAUGUGAAUAACUGCAGGGAGUUCCCAGCCUCCUUCCUGCCUGUCCUACUGCCUGGGGUUUCUAGGAGGUUCUGGACUCGGUCAUUCGUCACACUUUAAGGACAUGUUCCCGAUUUGAGGUGAAACCAUGAAGAGAAGAUAGAACAAAUAAUAAUGCUUUUCCGCAAUCGCUUCUUGCUGCUGCUGGCCCUGGCUGCGCUGCUGGCCUUCUUGAGCCUCAGCCUGCAGUUCUUCCACCUGAUCCCAGUGUCAACGGCAAAGAAUGGCGUGAGUAGCAAGAGUCGAAAGAGAAUCAUGCCUGACCCCGUGACGGAGCCCCCCGGGAUGGACCCGCUCUACGAAGCUCUCUUAUACUGCAACAUUCCCAGCGUGGCAGAGCGCAGCCUGGAAGGUCACGCUCCGCAUCAUUUUAAGCUGGUCUCAGUGCAUGUGUUCAUUCGACACGGGGACAGGUACCCACUGUAUGUCAUUCCCAAAACAAAGCGACCAGAAAUUGACUGCACUCUGGUGGCUAACAGGAAACCAUAUCACCCUAAAUUGGAAGCUUUCGUUAGUCACAUGUCAAAAGGAUCCGGAGCCUCUUUCGAAAGCCCCUUACAUUUCCUGCCUCUUUACCCCAAUCACCCGCUAUGUGAGAUGGGAGAGCUCACGCAGACAGGAGUUGUGCAGCAUUUGCAGAAUGGCCAGCUGCUGAGGGACAUCUAUCUAAAGAAACACAAACUCCUACCAAAUGACUGGUCCGCAGACCAGCUUUACUUAGAGACCACUGGGAAAAGCCGGACACUACAAAGUGGGCUGGCCCUGCUUUACGGCUUUCUCCCAGAUUUUGACUGGAAGAAGAUUUAUUUCAGGCACCAGCCCAGUGCUCUGUUCUGCUCUGGAAACUGCUAUUGCCCAGUGAGAAACCAGUAUCUGGAAAAGGAGCAGCGUCGGCAGUACCUCUUACGUUUGAAAAACAGCCAGCUGGAGAGGGCCUACGGGGAGAUGGCCAAGAUCGUGGACAUCCCCACCAAGCAGCUGCGAGCCGCCAACCCCGUAGACUCCAUGCUUUGCCACUUCUGCCACAACGUCAGCUUCCCUUGCACCAGGAACGGCUGUAUCGGCAUGGAGCACUUCAAGGUGAUCAAGACGCAUCAGAUAGAGGAUGAGCGAGAGAGGCGGGAGAAGAAACUGUAUCUGGGCUACGCACUCCUGGGUGCCCACCCCAUCCUGAACCAGACCAUCAGCCGGAUGCAGCGUGCCGCCGAGGGCAGGAAAGAAGAGAUCUUUGCCCUCUAUUCUGCUCACGAUGUCACUCUGUCACCACUUCUCAGUGCCUUGGGCCUGACAGAAGCCAGGUUCCCAAGGUUUGCAGCCAGGUUGAUCUUUGAGCUCUGGCAAGACAGAGAAAAGCCCAGUGAGCAUUCUGUCCGGAUCCUUUACAACGGUGUCGAUGUCACAUUCCACACCUCUUUUUGCCAGGACCACCAUAAGCGUUCUCCCAAGCCCAUGUGCCCCCUCGAAAACUUAGUCCGCUUUGUCAAAAGGGACAUGUUUGUGGCCCUGGGUAGUAGUAGUACUAAUUAUUACGAUGCAUGUCACAGGGAAGGGUUCUGAAAGGUACACAGUACAGUACAUAUAGAAUCUAUGCCAAUAAAGAGAUGGGACAGGUACGCUUCUAGUUCUAUCCUUUGCUAAGGGUACAAGAUUAUUUAUUUCGAAAGGCUAGAAAUUGUGCUUGGGAGCCACACAGAUGGUUUGGGUUGAACAGUGAGUACGUUGCUAUAUUCAGGUACAUGAGUUACUUGAUACACAAUGGCUAGUUCACAGAGAAAGGAAGGUACUUUAUCAUAGCCAGACUUUGCUUACAAUGCCAGAAUAUUUUAAUACCUAGAGUUGCCAAUCCAAAUGUGUAUUCCUUUGAUCUGCCACGGUACCGUAUGAUGGAAUUAGCAAAUCUCAGCCAAAUUUUUUUUAAUCUGGGACCGUCUUACCUUAUCCUUAUUCCCCGAAAAAUUUCCUGUAGUAGUUUAUCUAAAAUAGGGCUUGGCAAACUUUUUCUGUAAAGGGCCAGAUAGUAAAUGUUGUGGACUUUGCGGACCAAAAGGCCACACACAGCCUCUGUCACAGCUAUUCAGUUCUGCUCUUGUCACGUGAAAGCAACCACAGACAAUACAUAAUAGAAUGAGUGUGGCUGUGCGCACAGGCUGCACAAAGCAGUGGGUCACAUUUGGCCCCCAGACUGUAGUGUGCUGACCCCCGAUUUAAAACACAGGCUUGACUACAAUCGCACUUUUAGCACUUUGAGAACCUGUUGAAUACCAAGAAUUAUUCAGUGGUGCCUCCAGUAACUUCUGCUAGAAACACAGAGUUUAGUCUGUAUCUGACAUUAUAACAAAACAAAGGGAAAUAAACAUUGACUGAGAAUGAAUCACAGAAAGAUUAUUAGAAUAAUACUUGAUGUUUAUGAUGAUUGUGGUAUAAGAUAGUUUUAAGUAUGUUUUAAAUAUUUGUUUGCUGUAGUCUAUUUGCUGUAUAUUCUGAAACUUUUGUAUUCCAUUUAGUAUUUUUAUAGUCUAGGAAAAUAUUUUCUGAGACCAGUUUUAGAUGUGCUCUUACUCCUAUGUAAUAUUCAAUUUACUAUACCUGGAUGGUGUUUAGAAGGGAGCCAGAAGCUGAAUUCAGGCACUUUCUUCCAAUAAAAGUAAUUAUGGCUCAUUUCCUUUGAUAAGCCAUAGAAUUGGAUCAAUUUUUAAACCAUUUUUGUCCAUUUCAAAAGGUAAAUUCUAAUUGAUUUUUAAAUAAGUUUUUGGAAUAACUUUGUUACUAGAUAGUUACAUAAUCUUUAUAAGGUAUUUUAUAUAUUAGAAGCAAUUAUAGUGAAAUCUGUGGUUCCUGAACUAAUGGUGCUAGUUCUGUGCGAAGAAAUGUCACGUGGAAGCGAGAUUCUCCAGUGUCAUUGGUAUUCUGAUCUUUUCUCUUUGUUUUUGUCCAGUGUUACAUUUAAAUAUGUCUGUUUCUAUUAAUAAAUUUUGAAGAAUACUAGUAUAGACCACUAACAGUUUAUGUCACUCUAGUUCUUUUCAAGUGAGUGCCAAUAUUUUUUACAUUUGUCCUUUUUUUGUAUAAAUAAAAACGUUUUAAAUUAGAAAA